AUGACUCCCCCCUCCCCCUCAAGUUUAGUGUUGUCCCUCCAUUUCGAAGUCUAUCUUCAUAUUCAAAUAGUGGUGUGCUUCAAUUUCAAGGUGCAAUCAAAACCCAAUUUUCUAUCACCGAGAAAUCAAUCACCGUCAGCAGGUGUUUUCUAUUCCAGUGUUUAUCGUAAAAAAUCUGUGAUCGUUAAUACAAUAGAUCCAUUUCUAAUGGCCAAAGGCGACGCCGCCGGAGAAAUCAUGCUGACUUCAGGAGCCAGUGGGCGUGUAACCGCGCUCCUCUCUAUGCAAGUUUUGAAGAGCUUUUUGAUGCUCGUGAACGCCUUUCUUCUGUUGCUAUUUUUCCCAUUUCGGGGACGGAAGCGGUGUCAUUCCGGGCAAUUGCCUUUGUCGGAGAAAGGUGGGAAGGAGGAGAAACAGGAUGUCGGCGGGAGCGGAUGCGGGGUAAAUAGUAAUAACAACAACAAUCGGAAGGUGGGGGUGCCUGUGAUGAGAGUCCCGUCGACGAUCGUGUCAUGGAAGAGUAGCACAUCGGCGGCCGUGGCUGUAGACCAUGAGGUGGCGAUACGUAGGGCACUUGCAAUCCGGAAAGUGACGGACGGCGGCGACGUUAGCCGACGGGAGUUUUCGCUUUUUGUGACGCCCAGAGGUGAGACGAUGUUCACCCAAUCGUGGACCCCUAUUUCGGACAAGACCAGGGCACUGGUUGUUCUGUUGCAUGGACUCAACGAACACAGUGGCAGGUAUGAUGAAUUUGCAAAGCAGCUGAAUGCACAUGGAUAUAAAGUUUAUGGAAUGGAUUGGGGGUUGAAUUUGAAAUAUUUUGGAUGCCCAUGCCCAUUGGCGCAAAAGCUCGUCUUGUUAAGACAUGGUGGGAGCGAUGGGCUUCAUGCAUAUGUACACUCUCUUGAUGACGCUGUUACUGAUGUGAAAGCAUUUAUAAAGCACGUCUUGGCUGAAAACACAGGUCUUCCAUGUUUUUGCUUUGGGCAUUCAACUGGUGGAGCCAUCAUUCUUAAGGCUGCGCUCGAUCCGAAGGUCGAGAAGUCAGUAUCUGGUAUUGUGCUCACAUCCCCUGCCGUAGGAGUUCAACCUUCGCAUCCAAUCUUUUUGAUACUCGCUCCUCUUUUCUCCCUCCUGUUGCCCAAGUUUCAACUGAGUGCUGCGAACAAGAAGGGUACGGCUGUCUCAAGAGAUCCAGAAGCACUAGUGGCAAAGUACUCCGAUCCACUUGUCUAUACCGGAUCAAUUAGGGUUAGAACAGGUCACGAGAUUCUCAGGAUCACGUCCUUCUUGCAACGCAACAUCCAGAAACUAAAAGUGCCGUUCUUCGUUCUCCAUGGCACUGCCGACACCGUGACAGAUCCAGACGCUUCAUUGAAGCUCUACAAAGAAGCAUCCUCGGAAGACAAAUCAAUCAGCCUUCUUCCGGGUUAUUUACAUGACCUACUGUUUGAACCAGAACGAGAAGAGAUCAAAAGGGAGAUCAUCGACUGGUUGAACAGCAGAGCGUGAAAGAGCGAGCGGAGUAUGUCGAUCGUGGCGUCUGUUGGAAAUUAUGUAUUGGAAAUAAAAUAUGGCUCAAAACGUUGAAGAGACAUUUGGGUUGUAAGCUUUCAUGUGUAGAGAGAGGGAGAGAGAUUCUGCAAUGAGUUUUUGAUGAUUUCUCAUGUCAACUCUAGCAGAAACUGCUCCAAGAUACUCACUCGCUCAUUGUUAUUUGACAGCAUGUACUCCGUAUUUUGUACAUUUUUAGGAGAUACCUUCGGUUUCCUGG